AUGGACGUGGCGAGCAGUUCGAACAGCACGAAUUCACAACAGAACAAGCUCACACCCUCAACCUCGUUGCCUAACACCAGCGGCGGCGAUAAACAAGUCCUGGCGAACAGCAGGUCAGCGGAACUAAGGCCGGAAAGUAAUGGUAAGAAGACGUUAAUUUGUUUAUUUUGAUUUUAAAAAAAGUUCAAAUUAUUUUUUUUGUAUUUAUUGUUUACUGGUUGAUCUUUGAUUUAAAUUUUGAUGCACUGGUACUGCAAAGAUUGCUUUGAAAAAGGAAAAAGAUGGCUAGACAGGAACUUUGCUACAGAUUUUUUAAGAAAGUAGGGGGGGGUGGGGGGGGAGGGAGGUAGACGUCAAAAUUUUUUUUGGUUCACAGGUAGCCUGUGUACCCAUGUUUUAAAAAAAUAAUUGUGUAGGGGAGGGAAUUCACUCUUCAUUCACAACUCAAAGGCCUAUAUGGCAAGGUUAAGCAAGAAAAGGAGCUGGUUUACAAGCUAUAGCUAGCUAUAAUAUGAUGCUUGUGAACUUUAUACAUGACUUGAGAGUUAAAGAUGUAUAGUGCACUCUAAGACGUUGAAAAAUGGGUUUGUUCUUGUUGGUUUGGGGUAGGUUAGGUUAAAGUUGAGUAGAGUAGAGUAGGUUACAGUAGAGUACAGUAGAAUAGAGUAGGAUAAUGUAGCAUCGGGUUGAGUAAGAUAGCUUCUUUUCUCUUAUUAUAUGUUAUUAAGUAUGAUUAUUGUUCACAUCUGUUUUUUCACAUUUAUAAAAAGGCUUUUCAAUGUAAGCGUGACAAAGUUGGUGGCUUUUUGAAAAUUAGCUUUAUUAGGAAAUUCCCGGCCAUAAAUCUGAAACCUCAACUUUUACGUUAUGAAGAAAUAACGUUUUCUAGCCAUAAGUUAGCUUCAACGUACUUUUUCUCACAAUAGGCCGGGUGGCAGAAUUAAAAAAAUCAUCAUUUUGUCAUUUUUUUUUGAAGAGGGGGGGGGAGGGGUUGGAAGCCUAUUUUUUUUUGUUUUACAAGUAGCUUGUUCACCCAGUUUUCAUGAAAUGGUUCCUUAAUUGUCUUUUAUAAAGCAUAGGCAUAGACUGUAGGUUUGGCUUGGGCAUAGGACUAGGUAUAUAAUUAGGGCAAUGUUUAGGCUGACAUUCAAACGUAAGUUGGCUAGGCUUAUGCUUGGAAUAUUGUUCCCUAAUUCUGCCCAGUUGUAAAAAAGAGGGCGGAUUUACCUCUAAUCAACACUCCACCUCCCCCCCCCUCCUCUGGCUACGUCCCUGAAACCCCCCCCCCUCCUCUGGCUACGUUUCUGACUCUCCCCUCAUCCCUCCUCUGGAUACGUCGCUGACUCUUCCCUCCCCUCCUUAGCUAAGACUCUGUUUUCUGUCUACAACUCUCUUGUUAUGCUAGUCUGUACUCAAAUAUAGCUAUAAAACCGGCCAAAUCACUAUUCCCUUCAACUCAAAUUAAGCCCAAAACAAUGUUUUUGCCAUAACAUGUACAAGUACGGAAUGGUGUUGGGCCAACAUACGCUUAAAGAAUUUGAUAUUCCGUUUUUUGUGUAUUAUCUAUUGUUUCGGCGCGUUCGUUUUACUGCCUUAAGUCCCAGCAGAGGCAUUCUUCUAAUAAAAAGAACAACAACUUGGCCCCGCGGAAUGAAUAAUCUCACUCAUUUUGAGGCAAACUGGGACUUGUUGCGCUUUUAGGUACUAGUAACUAUGUUUUUGGGUUAUCAAUAUGUGAUUUUUGGUUUAAAAAAUUUUUGGAGUUUUAAAUUUUUUGAUUAUGGUAAAGAUAAUACAAGGUUGUGGUCAAGGUAAAGGUAGAAGACAAGUAUGACAAGGAUAGAGCAGAGGUAUUAUAAGGGUAAAGCAAGUGUACGAUAAGAGUGGGGCAAAUAUAUGAUAAAGCUCAAACAAGAGUAGAGUAAGGAAUGGUAAGGGUAGGACAAGAUCAUGAUAGAAGUAAGACAAGCGUAUGGUAACGGCAGGCCAAAUGUAUGCUAUGCGAAGGGCAAGGGUAGACAAAAGUAUGAUAAGGGUGUGGUAAUGGCAGGACAAGAAGGAAGGAAGGGCAGCGAUAAGAAACGCCAGAUAGGGGUACAGAAGAAUAAGAAAGGGACAGUACAGGAGUGUAGUUUUGGGUAGGGUGGGGAUAUGGAAAGGGUAGGGUAGGGUAUGGAUAUGAAAAGGGUAGGGUAAGUUAUGGAAUAGUACGAGUAUGGCAGGGCAGGACAGGGAAGGGCAAGUUAUGGUAUAGUACGGGCAGGGCAGGGUAAGGUAGGAAUGGUAAGGUAGAGUAGGGUAGGGUAGGGUAGAAUACGGUAGGGUAGGGUAGAAUACGGUAGGGUAAGGUAGGGUUGAGUAGCAGGGUAGGGUAGCCUAGACUAGCUGGCCUUCUCUAACAUAAUAUAUAUGACUAAGUAUGAGUAUUGUCCAAAUCCGCUCAAAAAAAAUAUCUAAACCCACAAGCUAUAUAUUAUUCAGUGUGUGCUUAUUAUAAAAUCAGUUGUUGAAUGGGUUAUGUCAAACAUGUUUUGUUUUGAUAUUUUUGAACUUUUGGUCUUAUAUCUAUUCACUUAGGGAUGGGGUAAAAAGUGCAGGUGUAGUCAAAUAUAGUAGAGGGGGGGGGGGAAGGAAGAGAUAAAACUUUAAGAAAUUUUAUAUACCUUUUGUAUAUAUCUUUGCCAUAGCCAUGUUAUAAACAUAAAUUUUGUUUUUAUUUGUCCUUUUGACCUCACCAUCCCCUGAGUACUAUAAUUUUCAAAAAUCAACCUUCUUUUUGUCAUAAAUAUUUCUUGUCUCAAAAUUAAAUUUUACUUCUAAGCCUAACGUAUAGCCAAAAGUAUUGUUACUCAAGCCUACCAAACAUUUUUAGACUUUUUCUUUUCGAAACUGUCAAAAAUUGAAACUUGUGUUAUCGCCAAGUUUCAUAUUUUUAAACAACUUGAGAGUUUUUGUAAUUCAGCGGGGAAUUGGGGGGAUAGAUCUUGCCUUGUUUCAAAUAUGUCUUAUAUGACUUUCAUAAAACGUUCAAAAUAGCCGUUUGAGCACACGGGGCCUUUGUUUUUGGUUUGGGAGAAUCUUUUAUGGUUUUGUAAGCUGUGGUAUACCUUAUGUAUAUAUCUAUGCUUAGGCAUAAUCUCAGGCGUAAGGUUUGGCUUACCGGUUAUCUUUGAGGCUUAUUCUUAGGUUUGUGCUUAAGCUUAGGCUUAAGGUUUGGCUCAGAGUUUUGCUUAAGUUUAUUCUUAGGACUGUGCUGAAGCUUAGGCUUAUACAGAUCCUUAGGCUUAGUGUUAGGUUUAUAUUUAGGGUUAGGCUUUUUCUUUGGCUUAGGCUUUGGAUUAGGCUUAGUCUUCACCUGAGGCUUAUGUUUAAGCUUGAGUUUUAGGAUUAGGCUUAAACUUAGGCUGAUUUAUAUUGAGGCUUGAGUGAAGGCUUAGGUUGUGACUUUGACUUUAAAAUAGGCUGAGGUUAAGGCUUUAGCUUAGGCUUAGGAUUAGGCUUAGGCUUAGGCUUAGACUUAGACUUAGACUUAGACUUAGACUUAUGCUUAGGCUUAGGCUUAGGUUUAGACUUAGGCUUUGGCUUAGGCUCACGUUCUGUACACUUUAUUAUCGAUCGGUUGCUCGCGGAAAAAUCGUUUCAAAUUGCCAUUCUCGGAGUAAUUUGUUGGGUCGUUUUACACCGAGGCAAAUGUUAUAUAAAGCCGUAAUGUUAAGUAAGAAAAAAUUGCGCAACUUAGUUUCUUGCAAUUUCUCUAAGGCUAUAUUAUUAUAACGUGACGUUAGGUAACAAAACACAAUUUUUUCCAAUUUUCAUGUUUUUUCUUAAUCCAUUGUUACCAUUUUUGAUCUAAUAACUUUAUUCUUCAGACCUCUCCUUCAAACCAGAUCCUCCGAAACGAACGUCGGUACCACCGUCUGGUUCAGAGCCUCCGGCCGAAGAUCGAAAAAAGAGCCGUGCGGUUUCAGAAUCCGGUGAAAGCACCAACAACAACACGCCACAAGAACGCAACAAUAACGACAUGAAUCGGGGAGAAGAUGAAACGGUACCAUUGCUACAGAAACCGUCAAUUAGCUCCAUGAAUGAACCUGCCACGCGACCAGCCUCCAGCUCUUCCAACACUAGUUGUCGUGGGUUUUUAGACGAAAUUUUUUGAAAAGUAAAAUUUUUGAACAUUUUUAUUAACUGUUAGCAAUGUUUAAAAACAUGGCAUGGAAUAGCAAAGAGGUUUCGCAAUUUCAUUACUAUUUCUGAGGGUCCCGAAGCGAAAAUCUGUUUUCUUGGCAUAACGUUUCAAGCGUAUUUUGGAGCCGGCUAGCUAGGAUUGGGACAUUUUAUGAUGCUUGAAACAAUUUUUUUUUAAUUUAAAGUUUUAUCUUCCUUUUUAUAAAUCAUUUUUUUUGUCAAAAUUUUUGACACGGCGUCCCGUAAAAGUACUGUAACUUUAUUAUUAUAUAUUUCGAAAUUAUGUUUUUUGCUAUAGCUGGUCAAAUUGAAUAAGCUACGUUUUCUUGAUUUUCAAGUUUGUACCUGUUUUUUAAAAAAAGUUAUGGCGCAAAAACUGAGAAGUUUACUGAAAAACUGGGAAAAAGCGGAGUGGGGUGGCUUUAACUUACUGUAACUUCGAAAUUAUCGCGAACUUUGAAGUUCGGUUUAUCACGUUAGUUAGCCAAUUGAAUAAGCUACAUUUACACCAAAUUUUAGCUUUUUAUCUAAUUUGGCAACAGAGUUCUGAUUAAAACAAGUUAUCUUAUCCCUGCGCUCUCUGGAUAACUUCAAUAUUUUAUCAAAUUUUGCUCAAUUUUUACAUUUUUACUAACAUUUUUGACUGGUUCUAAUACGAAUAAAUUAAAAUAAUGUUGUAUCCUUGUUUUAUAGUGUUCAUUUCAGUGCGAACAUCAGCGGUAAAUACUCCAACGCCACCUCCAUCCGGAGGACAAGUUCAGAAACGAGUCGGGAUCAAUGAACCGCCAACCUCCGUGGCUUCAGCGCUGCCAAAUCGAUUUGCUCAUCACAAAAGGUUAAAAGUAAGUUGGUUUUGAGUUUUUUCUUUGAUUUUAGGUAACAAUCUUAGGAUUGGUCAUGUGAAAUGGCAUGAUUUGUUAUCUAAAUUUAAUAUUUUUUGGAUUUUGUUACCUAAAAUAUAAUUUUUAAUUGAUUUGUCAUUUAAAAAGUUAUUUUUUAAGGUUUUGUUACCUAAAAUGCUAUUGUUUUGGAGUGUUGUUACCUAUAAUGUUAUUUUAUAUUCAUUUGUUACCUAAAUUUGUAUUUUUCAGUUUGUUACCUAAAAUAAUAUUUUUCUUGAAUGUGCUACCUAAAAUACAAUUUUUUAAAACUUCUGUUGCCUAAAAUUCCACUUUUUUUAGAAAUACGCCUCCGAAACGAGUUUUGGUCUUUCACCCGGUGCCCCAAUAGUACCACGUCAGCUAGCACGAAUCGACCCUAUCGAACCUCCUCCAGCUAAUUCCCAGCCCUCAAGUCGCAACAACUCGGACGCUGGAGGUCACGACGUUCGAACACCAGGUCGAGUCUUUCACGUUCGUACCACCGGCCCCAAUUAUCAACAGGCCAGUCGUACGGCCGGAAAUGGCAGUACUGUAGCCAAUAAGGUACAUCGUCGUCGUCAGGAUUCAGACGAUGCUUCUGGUAGCGUGGGGUCCGAAACCACCGUAGCUAGUGGUACUAUAACGCCGGUAUCUCGUCGUAUGUUGAGGUUCAAGUUGAGGCGGCCGAAAAGUACCGGGAGUAUGGGGAAUCAACAGGAUACGUUGGGCCAAGGAGAUACUUAUCAUUCUACUGGCAAUCCUUAUGAUCCCAGCUUCACGUCGGCUACGAUACAUUCACUGGAGUCGAAUCAACAACAGAUAUUUCAGGAUGUGGAGGAGCGAAGAGCGUCGAAUUUUUAUAUCUUCGAUGAUGAUAGUACUCAUGAGUUCGAUGAUGAAGUUCAAGGUAGGGGAGAUUUUUGGAUUUUUUUUUUAACUUUGGAAUUUUGUAAAAAAAUUUAAAUUAAAAAAAUAAAAUUUUAAAGUAAAAAUUUUAAAAAAUAUUUUCUGUCAAACGACAUGAAACUACAAUAAUAUCAUGCAAUGUACUACAAAUCUAACACGUUACAACAAGAACCAGCUAUUAAUUCAAAAACAAACGAUAAUUGAAAUUUUAUUUUUGACUUUUUAAUUUUUUUAAAGUCGCAAUGCCUCAGGUUUAGUAGGCCUAUUUUUUGGUAGACCGGUGCUUUCUUUUACUAAUAUAUUUUGCUUUGUAUGGACAUAUAUUGACUUUAAUAGCCAUAGAAAUGAGUUAGAUACAUAUCGUUGGCUACAGCCAUAUACGGCUUACAUGCACCGUAG